AUGGCUCUGAACCUCUGGCCCCUGCUGCUGCUGCUGUCCUGUGCAGUGAUUCUGGUCCCUACUGGGAUUCAGUCCCUGGACCCUGGUCUCUCCCUCCUGAAGUCAUUGCUCUCCACAAUGGGCCAGGCUUCCCAGGGGUCCCUCAGCCGCUCACAGUUCUCUGCAUUCCUGGCCAACAUUUCUUCUUCCUUUGGGCCUUGGAGAAUGGGGGAGGGACCUGUGGGAGAGCCCCCACCUCUCCAGCCCCCUGCCCUCCGGCUCCAUGACUUCCUAGUGACACUGAGAGGCAGCCCAGACUGGGAGCCAAUGCUAGGGCUACUAGGGGAUGUACUGGCACUGCUGGGACAGGAGCAGACACCCCGGGACUUCCUAGGACACCAGGCAGGUGUGCUGGGUGGACUCGCAGAGGUACUGCUAGGAGCCUUAGUUCCCGUGGGGCCCCCAACCCCAACCCGGCCCCCAUGUACCCGUGAUGGGCCCUCUGACUGCGUCCUGGUGGCUGACUGGUUGCCUUCACUGCUGCUGUUGUUAGAAGGUACACGCUGGCAGGCCCUGGUACAGGUGCAGCCCAGUGUGGAACCCACAAAUGCCACAGGCCUCAAUGGGAGGGAGCCAGCCCCCCACUUUUUACAGGGUCUGUUGGGUUUGCUCACCCCAGUAGGGGAGCUGGGCUCUGAAGAGGCUCUUUGGGGAGGUCUGCUGCGCACAGUGGGGGCCCCCCUCUAUGCUGCCUUCCAGGAGGGGCUUCUCCGUGCCACUGACUCCCUACAGGAUGAGGUCUUUUCCAUUCUGGGGCAACCAGAGCCUGAUGCCAAUGGGCAGUGCCAGGGAGGCAACCUUCAGCAGCUGCUUUUAUGCACUGGUGUGCCUCUGCCCAGGGCUUCCCGGCCCUCAGCUCACAUCAGCCCUCGCCAACGGCGAGCCAUCACUGUGGAAGCCAUCUGCGAGAACAACUCAGGUCCAGCACCACCCUACAGCAUUUCCAACUUCUCCAUCUACUUGCUCUGCCAGCACACCAAGCCUGCCACUCCUCAGCCCCCUCCCAGCACCAUUGCCAUCUGCCAGACAGCUGUGUGGUAUGCAGUCUCAUGGGCACCAGGUGCCCAAGGCUGGCUACAGGCCUGCCAUGACCAGUUUCCUGAUCAGUUCCUGGAGGCAAUAUGUAGCAACCUCUCCUUUUCAGCCCUGUCUGGCCCCAGUCGCCGCCUGGUAAAGCGGCUUUGUGCUGGUCUCCUCCCACCCCCCACCAGCUGUCCUGAAGGCCUGCCUCCUGUUCCCCUCACCCCAGAGAUCUUCUGGGGCUGCUUCUUGGAGAAUGAGACCCUGUGGGCUGAGCGGCUGUGUGGAGAGGCGGGUCUGCAGGCUGUGCCCCCCAGCAAUCAGGCUUGGGUUCAGCAUGUGUGCCAGGGCCCUACCCCAGAUGCCACUGCCUUCCCACCCUGCCACAUUGGACCUUGUGGGGAACGCUGUCCAGAUGGGGGAAGCUUUCUGAUGAUGGUCUGUGUCAAUGACACCGUGUAUGAAGCCCUGAUGCCCUUCUGGCCUUGGCUAGCAGGCCAGUGCAGAAUAAGUCGUGGAGGCAAUGACACUUGCUUCCUAGAGGGGCUACUGGGCCCUCUUCUGCCCUCUCUGCCACCACUGGGACCAUCCCCACUGUGCCUAGCCCCGGCCCCCUUCCUGCUUGGCAUGCUAUCCCAAUUGCCACGCUGUCAGUCCUCUGUACCGGCCCUUUCCCACUCCACACGCCUACACUAUCUCCUGCGCCUGCUGACCUUUCUCCUGGGGCCUGGGGCUGGGGGAACUGAGGCCCAGGGGAUGCUGGGUCAGGCCCUGAUGCUCUCCAGUCUCCCAGACAACUGCUCCUUCUGGGAUGCCUUCCGCCCAGAGGGCCGGCACAGUGUGCUGCGGACCAUUGGGGAGUACCUGGAAAAGGAGGAGCAGCCAACCCCACUGGGCGUUGAACCUACUACCAGCCCCAGCUCUGGUAUAAACAAGAUGGAGCUGCUGGCCUGCUUCAGUCCCGUGCUAUGGGAUCUGCUCCAGAGGGAGAAGAGUGUUUGGGCCCUGCAGAUUCUAGUGCAGGCAUACCUGCACAUGCCCCCGGAAAAUCUCCAGCAGUUGGUGCUUUCAGCAGAGAAGGAGGCUGCCCAGGGCUUCCUGACGCUCAUGCACCGUUCCUGGGCCCAGCUGCAGGUGACACCAUCUGAGGAGCAAGCCCUGGGUCGCCUGACAGCCUUGUUGCUCCAGCGGUAUCCACGCCUCACCUCCCAGCUCUUCAUUGACCUGUCACCACUCAUCCCCUUCUUGGCCGUCUCUGACCUGAUGCGCUUCCCACCAUCCCUGUUGGCCAACGACAGUGUCCUGGCUGCCAUCCGGGAUUACAGCCCAGGAAUGAGGCCUGAACAGAAGGAAGCUCUUGCAAAGAGACUGCUGGCCCCUGACCUGUUCGGGGAAGUGCCUGCCUGGUCCCAGGAGCUACUAUGGGCAGUGCUGCCCCUGCUCCCCCACCUCCCUCUGGAAAACUUUCUGCAGCUCAGCCCUCACCAGAUCCAGGCCCUGGAGGAUAGCUGGCCAGCAGCAGGUCUUGGACCAGGGCAUGCCCGGCACGUGCUACGAAGCCUGGUGAACCAGAGUGUCCAGGAUGGAGAGGAGCAGGUGCGCAGGCUAGGGUCCCUCGCCUGUUUCCUGAGCCCUGAGGAGCUGCAGAGCCUGGUACCCUUGAGUGAUCCAAUGGGACCAGUAGAACGGGGGCUGCUGGAAUGUGCGGCCAACGGGACCCUCAGCCCACAAGGACGGGUGGCAUAUGAACUUCUGGGGGUGUUGCGCUCAUCUGGAGGAGCUGUGCUGGGUCCCCGGGAGCUGCGGGUCUGGGCCCCUCUCUUCCCUCAGCUGGGCCUCCGCUUCCUGCAGGAGCUGUCAGAGCCCCAGCUUAGAGCCAUGCUUCCUGCCCUGAGGGGCACCAGUGUCACACCAGCCCAGGCUGUGUUAUUGCUUGGACGGCUCCUCCCUAGGCAUGAUCUGUCCCUGGAGGAACUCUGCUCCUUGCACCCUCUGCUGCCAGGCCUCAGCUCCCAGACACUCCAGGCCAUCCCUAGGCGAGUUCUGAUUGGGGCCUGUUCCUGCCUGGCCCCUGAACUGUCACGCCUCUCAGCCUGCCAGACCGCAGCAUUGCUGCAGACCUUUCGGGUGAAAGACGGCGUUAAAAACAUAGGUACAACAGGUGCCAGUGCAGCUGUGUGUAUCCCUGGUCAGCCCAUCCCCACCACCUGGCCAGACUGCCUGCUUCCCCUGCUCCCACUGAAGCUGCUACAGCUGGACUCCGCAGCUCUUCUGGCUAACCGAAGGCGCUACCGGGAGCUGCUCUGGUCUGAGCAGCAGGCACAGUUUCUCUGGAAGAAGAUGCAGGUGCCCACCAACCUGACACUCAGGAAUCUGCAGGCUCUGGGCACCCUGGCAGGGGGCAUGUCAUGUGAGUUUCUGCAGCAGAUCAACUCAAUGGCAAACUUCCUUGAAGCAGUGCACAUGAUCUAUCAGCUGCCCACCGGGGUUCGAGGAAGCCUGAGAGCCUGUAUCUGGUUGGAGCUACAGCGGAGGAUGAUGAUGCCAGAGCCAGAGCUGGCAACCCUGGGGCCAGAACUGAGUGGGCUAGACACCAGGCUACUCUUAGAUUUACCGUAAGUGCUACAACUGGAGACACUGGAUCCUUAGAAAUUGUCCAAUGAGUCUAUUAUGUUGGUGGUGGAUCUGGUACGAGGAGCUCCAGAGCAGCUGCUGGCACUGACUCCACUCCACCGGGUGGCCCUGGCAGAGAGGGCACUACAAAACUUGGCUCCAAAGGAGACAACAGUCUCAAGGGAAGUACUGGAGACAUUGGGCCCCUUGGUUGGAUUCCUGGGAAUAGAGAGUACACGACGGAUCCCCUUACCGAUCCUGCUGGGCCAUCUCAGUCAGCUGCAGGGCUUCUGCCUAGGAGAGCCAUUUGCCACAGAGCUGGGAUGGCUCCUGUUGCAGGAGCCUGCUCUCGGGAAGCCAGAGUUGUGGAGCCAGGGUGAAGUAGAGCAAGCUGGACGCCUAGUACUCACUCUGUCUACUGAAGCCAUUUCCUUGAUCCCCAGGGAGGCCUUGGGCCAAGAGACCCUGGAGCGGCUCCUAGAGAAGCAGCAGAGCUGGGAGCAGAGCAGAGUUGGACAGCUAUGUGGAAGACCACAGCUUGCUCCCAAGAAAGCAGCCUUGGUAGCUGGGAUUGUACGACCCGCUGCAGAUCUCCCAGAACCUGUGCCAAAUUGUGCAGAUAUACGAGGGACAUUCCCAGCAGCCUGGUCAGCAACCCAGAUUGCAGGAAUGGAGCUCUCAGACUUUGAGGACUGCCUGGCAUUAUUUGCAGGAGACCCAGGACUUGGGCCUGAGGAACUACGGGCAGCGAUGGGCAAGGCAAAACAGUUGUGGGGUCCUCCCCGGGGAUUCCGUCCUGAGCAGAUUCUGCAGCUAGGUCGGCUCUUAAUAGGUCUAGGAGAACGGGAAUUACAAGAGCUGAUCCUAGUGGACUGGGGAGUGCUGAGCACCCUGGGGCAGAUAGAUGGCUGGAGCUCCAUCCAGCUUCAGGUUGUGGUCUCCAGUUUCUUGCGGCAGAGUGGCCGGCAUGUGAGCCACCUGGACUUCCUUCACCUGACUGCACUGGGUUAUACGCUCUGUGGACUUCGGCCAGAGGAGCUACAGCAUAUCAGCAGUUGGGAAUUUAGCCAAGCAGCUCUUUUCCUGGGCAAUCUGCAUCUCCAAUGUUCUGAGGAGCAACUGGAAGUUCUGGCCCAGCUCCUUGUGCUGCCUGGUGGUUUUGGCCCAGUCAGUAACUGGGGGCCUGAGAUUUUCACCGAAAUUGGCACAAUAGCAGCAGGGAUCCCAGACCUGGCUCUUUCAGCACUGCUGCAGGAACAGAUCCAGGGCCUUACCCCUCUUGCUAUUUCUGUCAUCCCUGCUCCUAAAUUUGCUGUGGUGUUCAGCCCCACCCAGCUAUCUAGUCUCACAAGUGUUCAGGCUGUGGCUGUCACUCCUGAACAAAUGGCCUUUCUAAGUUCUGAGCAGCGACGAGCAGUUGCAUGGGCCCAGCAUGAGGGGAAGGACAACCCAGAACAGCAGGGUCGAAGCACAGCCUGGGGCCUUCAGGACUGGUCACAACCCUCCUGGGCCAUGGCAUUGGCCAUCUGCUUCCUUGGCAACCUGCUUUGAACCUGUCUCUACAGUUAAAAAGAAAGAUUGUUGGGAAAGAAAUUUUAAUAAAGUGCAAAUGAAAAUGCA